CCGAAGAAUGUUUACGGCAUCCAUAAUGGUAAACGGAUUCGGAUACAUCGCUGUGUCCUGCAGUGGCGGGAAUGGAGCCAGAAACGAGGUGCCUGUCAUGAGCAUGGCGUCGACGAACAUGGGCUCACUAACCCCCAGCACGCGCAUGACUUUCUUCUUGGAUAUGGCUGUCACUGUUCCGGCCAUGAAGUCAAUGUUUCGAAUGACGGAAUCCUGGAUGGGGUACAGAAGCAGCUCCUGGGGGCCCAUGACACCAGCGCACUGGUCCGAGUUGAUCAUCUCGAAGUA